ACAAACACAAACCCACACAAUGGUCUUGAACGGCUGCUUAACCAUGUCCAUGCCAGUGCCAGUGCCUGUUCCAGUUCCAGUUUCCGUGCCCGUGCCCGUGCCCAGUCCUCCGGCCACCAAGUCGCGUGUGUCCCUGGACUGGGACAUCAAUGACAGCAAGAUGCCGUCGGUGGGUCAGUUCGAUGACUUCAGUGACUGGGCCAAUGGCCACUGCCGGUUGGUGUACUCUUCCCAGAGCGACGAGGCUCGCAAGCAUGCCAGCGGCUGGGCCAUGCGCAACACCAACAACCACAACGUGAACAUCCUCAAGAAGAGCUGCCUGGGCGUGCUCCUCUGCAGUGCCAAGUGCCAGCUCCCCAAUGGAGCCAGUGUCCAUUUGAGGCCUGCCAUUUGUGACAAGGCCAGGCGGAAGCAGCAGGGCAAACAAUGCCCCAAUAGAAACUGCAACGGUCGCUUGGAGAUCCAGGCCUGCCGCGGACACUGCGGCUAUCCGGUCACACACUUUUGGCGGCGCGACGGCAAUGGCAUCUACUUCCAGGCCAAGGGUACACAUGAUCAUCCCCGACCCGAGGCCAAGGGCUCCACGGAGGCCAGGCGUCUGCUGGCCGGAGGACGACGCGUGCGCAGUUUGGCCGUGAUGCUGGCCAGGGAAUCGGCUCUCAGCGACAAGCUGAGCAGCCUGAGGCCAACCAAGCGGCAGGCCAAGACGCAGCUGAUCCAGGAGAGCAAGCGCAAGAGGCAAGAGGUGGUCAUGCCAAGCAGCCAGGAGUUGCUGACAGUCUCGAAUGGCUAUCUGCCCACGUCCACACCCACACACGCCACCAGCUUUGGCCAGACAGCAGCCGGAGCUGGAGGCUAUGGCUCUGCGGGACCAGUGGCUACUCCUGCCGCCAGUCAGUGGAACGGAGAGAUCUACUACGAUCAGGAGGGAGCUACCUAUGACCCCGGAAUGUACGGCUACGACAUGCUUCACUCGCCUCUCUCCUCGCACAGCUCCACGGGCAGUUACUACCAGGAGAAUCUGCCGCAGCAGCUCCAGCAGCAACUCCAUCAGCAGCAACAGCAACAGCAGCAGCAGGAGCAGCAGCAGCCGCAUCUGGUGGCUAGUGGUGGUAAUCCUAGCUACGAGCAGCCGAUCUCCGCCAGCUUCCAGUGCGGCAUGCCCGUGUACGAGAGCUGUGACGAUACCUCCAGUCUGACCAGCAGCUCGGGCUACAGCUCCGAGGAUUAUGGAUACUUCAACGGAUACCUGGCCCCGACCCACUCCCUGGACGUGAGUGGGGGCAGUCAGGCAGCCAGUCAGCAGGACAGCGGCUUCUACACAACCAGCUCGGAGAUCUUCAGUGUGUUCGAGUCCACGCUGAAUGGGGGAGUUGGAGGAACGACCUCCACCGCAGUGGAUCUGCUCUACGACGAAGGAGUGGCCGCCUACCAACAGCCCAGCACCAACUUCCUGGCGCCGAGCAGUUACCAGCAACAGGAGCAGCAGCAAUCACCGGCGGACUACUACUACAGCAACUCGGGAGUGGACAAUGUGUGGAACAUCCAGAUGGACGCCACCUACCACCAACCACCACCAACUGCCAGCAGCACCGAUCCCGUCUACUGCUAAGGGGAUCUGCAGAUCUCCGGAUCUACGGAUCUCCGGAUCUCCUCCUCCUUGACAGCCACCACUCAAGCGUUGUUCUAGUCUUUAGUUGAUUUCCAUUCACAUGUUCCCAUUGCUUGUUGGCUCUAUUAGUAUGUAACCUAUGAGAUAUGAGAUAUUGAGUUGAACGUUUCUAGUUUGUACUCCCCGUACUUGUUUCCCAGCUAUUCCAAAGUUUUAGUCUACGUAAGACCAAUAAUAAUUAUACAAAAUAACCAUAAGCGAGAUAAGCCUCUAGAGUG